GAGAGUCUCAUCCCGAACACGUCCCGCUAAGAACUUUGCGGGAACAAAAUGAAAUACACGCACUUACACGCUCAACUCUGAGAUUACUUGCAGAACGAGAUCAUUUCAACAUUUGCGCUGAGAAACUUUCUGACGCACGGCCUGUAAUUCUUUGCCGACUUUCGCAGCAACAGUUCAACUUCUACCAAAGUUCUCCAAAAAACAACGCUGAUAUCUUGGAGCGCUCCAGAACAUCUGAAUCCGAGAACAUUACCCCAUCUCUCCCCUGGUGGUUUCCCCCCCUUUUCCCCCCUCGGCAACGUUUUCUGAGACAGCCAUGGGAAGUAAGACGCUUCCAGCGCCGGUGCCCCUGCACCCGUCCCUGCAGCUGGCCAACUACUCCCUGCUGCAGGCCUCCAACGGCUUCCAGCUGCCCUCCUCCGACCACGUGCCCAACAGCAUCUACAGCUUCAGUGCCCUGCACGCCGUGCACCUGCACCAGUGGACCCUGGGCUACCCGCCCUUCGCCGCCCUGCCCCGCUGCACUUUCUCCAAGCUGCCCGCUGGCCUGGUGGACGCCGCCGCCGCCGCUCGCUUCCAACUGCCCUCCAUCCCCCUCUUCCCACACCUGAUGCAGGCCAGCAGCAAGCAGCAGCAGCAGCAGGACUCCUCAGGGGGGAACGGCAACGGCACGGCCAUCGGCAUUUCGUCCAAGAACAAGCCCCGCUUCGACUUUGCCAACCUGGCAGCGGCGGCGACCCAGGAGGACCCUCUGAAGGCGGAGGACCUGAGCACCACCGGGGCGCACCCGCCCGCUUCCUCCGUGCACCACCCCCCGGCGCUGGGCUGCCUGCUGGACGUGGCCAAGCUGGCCUCCCCGGAGCGGAAGCCCAGCCGCGGACGCCUCCCCUCCAAGACCAAGAAGGAGUUUGUGUGCAAGUUCUGCGGCCGCCACUUCACCAAGUCCUACAACCUGCUGAUCCACGAGCGCACGCACACGGACGAGCGACCCUACACCUGUGACAUCUGCCACAAGGCCUUCCGGCGACAGGACCACCUCAGAGAUCACAGAUACAUUCACUCAAAAGAGAAGCCUUUCAAAUGCCAAGAGUGCGGGAAGGGAUUCUGUCAGUCGAGGACGCUGGCGGUCCACAAAACAUUGCACAUGCAGGUCAAGGAUCUCAAGCCUGCCAAGAUAAAGUGACGUCAAGGGCCAAGACAAACAAGCAUUACGGGGACACUGGAAGAACAACGACCAACACACACACACAUGAACACAUGCACACACACACAGACACAUACACACACACACACACACACACACACACACACAAAUGACAAGGCACAGAGACACCAUUGUUCCUGGGCAACACGACGAACACAGUGUAAACUGUACACAUUUUUGAUCACACCAAAGAGGGAUACGCCAAAGUGUUCCAAGA